UUUGAGUUUCCAGACAGAGUAUUUCCUAGAUGUGGCUGUAUGUCCCUUAUUGGAGGCUGUUCUAGUUAUACCCUACAGUAAAGUACAACAGAAAAGAGAUGGUGCUGAUAAGUUGUAGAACCUUUUGGAUUGUACGAUGUAGAUCAUGUGUUCAUGUCCCCUUGAGCGGAGAAGGUGACUUCAUGUUACAAUUAUUUGGAUAUGCAGGUCAUUCCAGCGUCAAUUACAUCUGGAUCUUCCAUUUUCUCCAGCCUCACUUAUCAAGGAAGCCCCUGGAGAAAAUAAAUACUGGAUCUCCUACCAUGCUCAACAUUGUGUUAUGUAAAUUGAGUCCACAGCCCUCAACACCCUCAGAAGUUAAAUAAUCCCCUGUAACGUGAAGAACCAAUACAAUGAC